UGAUCUGUUUAAGAGUGAGAUGUGGAUGUUCAGUUGUCUCUGUGUAUUUUUCGGUGCAGGAGUUUUCACCACUACACAUGCCCAGGAGGAAGAGAAUUUGUCCUUACGGGGAAAGGCUGUACAGUCAUCCACAGCAUAUGAAGGUUGGGAAGCAGACAAGGCUAUUGACCCUUCACCCUUAACCUGCACCCAUACUGUACCCACAACUGAUAACCCUUGGUGGAGACUGGAUCUUCUGGGUUCUUAUUACAUCUCUAGAGUUGUCGUCACUAACAGACCAGACUACGGUCCAGAACGACUCAACGGAGCAGAAAUUCGUAUUGGAAACUCUCUGGAGAACAACGGCAACAAUAAUCCCAGAUGUGCUGUGCUGUAUGGUUUGGCAAUGGGUCAGUCUGUAUCUGUGUCCUGUGGUGACAUGAAUGGACGAUAUGUGAACGUCAUCAUACCUGGAAGUUCAAAAAUCCUCACUGUAUGUGAUGUAUGGGUGUAUAGAACAAAAGUCAAAUUAGGUUUCGUGAGGAUUAAUUUAACCUCCAGUCUCGACAUGUCAGAUCCAGCAGAGAGCAACAACUUUCUUCAUAAGAUGAAGACCGCUCUGAUUUCUAGAGGAUACUCUAUUUUCACAUUGACCUGGACAAAACUCCCUCAGAAGGUCAAACUGGAGACUAAGGAAAGGUCCAUGUGCUAA